GCUGCGCACCGCAUCGACCUGGAAGUAAUUGGCCGGAAGUAGGAGGAAGUGAAUCGUUUUUCCGGUGUUGUGAAAACGCGCCGAAUAAAUCACAGUGGAGGUGAUUUGGAGCUGAUGGGGGACGAAAAGGAAACCUGGAAAGUUAAAACGUUAGACGAGAUCCUCCAAGAGAAGAAGCGCAGACGAGAGCUGGAAGAGAAGAGCGACCCUAAACGAGUAAAGAACACGGAUGAUCGGGAAUCCAAACGGGACACUCCUGAGGAAGGAGAGCUACGAGACCACAAGAUGGAAAUAACAAUCCGGAACUCACCCUACAUGCGGGAGGACUCCACUGAAGACAGAGGAGAGGAGGACGAGUCUCUGGCCAUCAAACCCCCACAGCAGAUCGCCAGGAAAGACAAGUCCUACCACAGAAAAGAGGAGAAGAGGAAGGACAAGCGGCGGCACAGGAGCCAGUCGGACGAAGACGCAGGGAAACACAUUCGCACAAAAGACAAAGAGAAGGAGCGCGAGAACGAGAGGAGGAAGAGACAGUGGCAGGACGAAAACAAAACCAGGCGAGAUUAUGAGCGUCAGAAACGAAGAGAUCAAGCCAGAGCUCACUCCCGCAGAGAGAGCAGGGAUCGUCUGGAGCAGCUGGAGCGUCAGCGGGAGCGGGACCGUAAGGUGCGGGAGCAGCAGCAGAAGGAGCAGCGCGAGCUGAAGGAGCGCGAGCGCAGAGCGGAGGAGCGCCGCAAGGAGCGUGACGCGCGCAGAGAUGGGCCUGUGUCGCAUCACCGAGGAGUUCCUGCCGAGGAGUUCGCAGAUAAAGGCCGUUCUCGUCACCGGAGCCGAAGCCGCAGUCCUGCUCGCCCGCCGAGAGAGACCAAAGCUGAGACCAGCGACCCGCGCAGAGCAGUGCGAGAGGGAAAGAUGGAGGAUAAAGAUCUCCUGUCUGAUCUGCAGGACAUCAGUGACAGCGAGAGGAAGACCAUCACACCAGAGUCAUCAUCACUGGGUUCUGGCUCUGAGGAAGAGGAGGGUGAGGAGAAUGAGGAGGAAGAGUCCAGCAGCCAGAGUGAGGGAGAAGAAGAGGGCGAGUCAGGAUCAGAGUCUGAGGGGCCGGAACACAGCGGAGGUGUCCUGAGCGACGAAGAGCCGUCAGAGGAGGAAGAGGAGGAGGACCGAGAGAACGGGAACCACAUUCCUCCCAUUCCCGAGUCUCGGUUUGAUCACGACUCUGAGGUGAGCGUUGAGGAAGAGGAGGCCGAGGAAGAAGAGGAAGAGCCGGUCGACGUCACGCCUCAGUCUCCGUCUCACUCGGCCACUCCUGAGGAGAACUACAUCCCCGAGUCUCCUCCCAUCUCUCCUGUGGAGCUGAAGAAGCAGCUGCCCAAAUACCUGCCCGCUUUACAGGGCUGUCGGAGCGUGGAGGAGUUCCAGUGCUUGAACCGCAUCGAGGAGGGCACGUAUGGAGUGGUGUAUCGGGCCAAAGACAAAAAGACGGACGAGAUCGUGGCCCUGAAGCGUCUGAAGAUGGAGAAGGAGAAGGAGGGCUUCCCCAUCACCUCUCUGCGGGAGAUCAACACCAUCCUGAAGGCCCAGCACCCCAACAUCGUCACCGUCAGGGAGAUCGUCGUCGGCAGUAAUAUGGAUAAAAUCUACAUUGUGAUGAAUUAUGUUGAGCAUGACCUGAAGAGUCUGAUGGAGACCAUGAAACAGCCCUUCCUGCCUGGCGAGGUGAAGACCCUGAUGAUCCAGCUGCUCCGGGGCGUCCGGCACCUGCACGAUAACUGGAUCCUGCACCGCGACCUGAAGACCUCCAACCUGCUGCUCAGCCACAAGGGCAUCCUGAAGAUUGGAGACUUUGGUCUGGCCCGAGAGUACGGCUCUCCGCUCAAGCCCUACACACCUGUGGUGGUCACGCUGUGGUACCGCUCACCUGACCUGCUGCUGGGGGCAAAGGAGUACUCCACGGCCGUGGACAUGUGGUCGGUGGGCUGUAUAUUCGGGGAGCUGCUCACACAGAAGCCGCUGUUCCCGGGCAAAUCCGAGAUCGAUCAAAUUAACAAAAUCUUCAAGGACCUGGGCUCCCCCAGUGAGAAGAUCUGGCCGGGCUACAGCGAGCUCCCAGCGGUGAAGAAGAUGACUUUUACAGAGUAUCCCUACAACAACCUGCGCAAGCGCUUCGGUGCGCUGCUGUCCGACCAGGGCUUCGACCUCAUGAACAAGUUUCUGACGUACUGCCCUGCGAAGCGGAUCAGCGCUGACGAGGCGCUCAAACACGAGUACCUGCGCGAGACGCCGCUCCCCAUCGAACCCUCCAUGUUCCCCACCUGGCCGGCCAAGAGCGAGCAGCAGCGCGUGAAGAGAGGGACCAGCCCGCGCGCGCCCGAGGGAGGACAGUUCAGCCAGAUGGGUGAUGAUGACCUCAAAGACACGGGUUUCCACUUGACCAGCGCGAACCAGGGCGCGUCCAAAGCCGGUCCGGGGUUCAGCCUGAAGUUCUGAGCGGAUCUGCGUCUGUGUGCUCGCUGGGUUCCUCUGAACGCGUCUGUCCUGACGCUGAGACUCUCUGAGAGCGGUUCACUGAACUCACACACACACACACUCUGGGGAAGCGUCGAGGACCUCCGUGAAGCUGGACUGCUCCACAUUCCUCAUGCUCCUCUGAAAUAUAGUGUGUCUUCUUUUGUCCAGCGUUCUCGGACCUCUUAUUUUUCUCUCCAUCUGCGUUGGUAGUCGAGGAGAUCAAAGACUCUUUUAGUGAAAUAUCAAUAUAAAAUAAAACUGUUUUGAAAACUUUAA